CAGUUGGACCGGCUCCCGGCACCGACGCUAGCGGGGUGACCGGUGUGCAUCUCUGUCUCCAGCCUCGCCUUGGCGGGCGGGCAGCGCCGGAGCCGCGACACGGUCGUGUGGGCUGAGCUCUGCCGGAGAGGGUAUUCGUGUGGGAUUCCCCCCGCCCACCCCCUGCCACGGACGGGCAGAGGGGAACAGCGUUACCGCAGGAGGGUGUGAACUGGGAAAAUAUAUAUUUAAACACCCCUCCCUCCGGAGCAGAGGAGGCAAACUGCGCGGACUGAGUUGGAGCGUGUUACUCGUCCCUUUACUGCGGAUCCCUCGCGUUACCCAGUGCGCGCAGGAGCGGCGAGAGACCGGUAGCUCGGCCACCGUCUGGCAAUGCCACGGGCUGUGGGGAUGAGCGUGAGGCGACCGCCGGCGGGGACGCGGGCACCGAGUGCCCGUGGAAGGAGCCUCUCCGUCUGAACGGAGCAGAGAACGCGCGGUGGCGGCGGCGGCGGCGGCGGCCGGACCAGUGAGUCGCGCCGCUCGGUAGAGGAAGCCUCCCGCAGUUCAGCAGUCCCGGGGAGGCGCCCUUUCCCCAGCCCCGCUCCCCGGCUCCGCGGUGUUAUGUUGGAGUUACAGCGUCCCGAGAACGGCCGAGCAACCGGGAGAUGCUGACUUCAGUUUAUUUCCUCGCAUUACUGGAGUACAGUUUUCCAGAUGGACUUUGUGGUUUGGAGAGAAUCCCCUGCUCUGAAAAUAUUCCGGUGAUUGAGGUUUGGACCGGCUCCCAGUGAGGCUCCUGGCAACCCCUGCGUGCGCUCUGCAACCCAGCCCAGGGAGGCCCCGAACCCUUGGCGGAUUAGCAGUAUAUGUUUGGAAUCACCCACUGUCCUCAGGAGCAGAGGCCACCGACUUGGAGCUGAAGAUACCAGCUGUUGGCCAAUAUUCAGCGCAGGUGAGGGACGAUGGUGGUUGCAGGGACCGGCGUGCAGAGUCCUGGCCUGCCUCCCUGGCCGCCCAUCCUUCUGCUGGUCCUCGGAGCGGUGCUAUCGGGCCACGCCAGCGGCUGCCCGGCUCGCUGCGAUUGUUCAGCGCAGGAGAGAUCCGUGGUGUGCCACCGGAAGCGUUUCAUCUCCGUUCCAGAGGGGAUCCCGACCGAAACCCGGCUGUUGGACCUGAGCAAGAACCGGAUCAAGACGCUGAACCAGGAUGAGUUCUCCGCCUACCCGCUGCUAGAGGAGCUGGAAUUGAACGAAAACAUUAUCUCCACGGUGGAGCCCGGCGCCUUCAGCAACCUCUUCAACCUGCGGUCAUUGGGCCUGAGGAGCAAUAGGCUAAAGCUGAUCCCCCUCGGUGUCUUCACCGGCCUCAACAACCUCACACAGCUGGACAUCAGCGAGAACAAGAUCGUCAUCCUGCUUGACUACAUGUUCCAGGAUCUGUACAACCUCAAGUCGCUGGAGGUGGGCGACAACGACCUGGUCUACAUCUCGCACCGCGCCUUCAACGGCCUCCACAGCCUAGAGCAGCUGACACUGGAGAAGUGCAACCUGACCACCGUGCCCACCGAGGCACUGAGCCACCUGCAUGGCCUGAUCGAGCUCCGGCUUCGCUUCCUCAAUAUCAACGCCAUCCAGAACUACUCCUUCCGUCGGCUGUACCGUCUCAAGGUGCUGGAGGUAUCCCACUGGCCCUACCUGGACACGCUGGCGCCCAACUGCCUGUACGGGUUGAAUCUCACCUCCCUCACCAUCAGUAGUUGUAACCUGAGUUCCAUGCCGUACCUGGCCAUCCGACACCUGGUCUACCUGAAGUUCUUCAACCUCUCCUUCAACCCCAUCACCACCAUCCACGGCCACAUGAUGCAGGAGCUGCUGCGGUUGCAGGAAAUUCACCUGGCGGGCGGCAGGCUCACCACCCUAGAGCCGUACGCCUUCCGAGGCCUGAGUCACCUGCGGGUGCUCAACGUCUCCUCCAACUACCUGAGCACGCUGGAGGAGAGCGUCUUCCACUCCGUGGGCAACCUGGAGACGCUAAUCAUGGACAGGAACCCGCUGGCCUGUGACUGCCGCCUCCUCUGGGUAUUCAGGCGCCGUUGGCGACUCAACUUUAACCGGCAGCAGCCGGCCUGUGCCUCGCCCGAGAUGGUGCAGGGCAAGGAGUUCAAGGACUUCCCGGACGUGCUGUUGCCCAACUACUUCACGUGCCGGCGUGCGCGCAUCCGCGACAAGACGCCGCAGCGGGUGCAGGUGGACGAAGGGCACACCGUGCACUUCCAGUGCCGGGCGGAUGGCGAUCCUCCGCCCGUCAUCAUGUGGGUGUCGCCCAGGAAGCGGCAGAUCUCAGCGCGCAGCAGCGGCAGGCUGACCGUCUUCCCGGACGGCACGCUGGAGGUGCGCUACGCCCAGCUUCAGGACAAUGGCACAUACCAGUGCCUGGCCAUGAACGCGGGCGGCAACGACACGGUCACCGCCAGCCUGCACGUCCGCGGCUAUGCGCCCGACUGGGGCCAGGCGCCCAAUAAGAGUUUGGCGUUCAUCACCAACCAGCCGAACGGCAGCAGCGCCAACAGCACCCGCGCCUCCGUGCCUUUCCCCUUCGACAUCAAGACUCUGAUCAUCGCCACCACCAUGGGCUUCAUCUCCUUCCUGGGGGUGGUCCUGUUCUGUCUGGUGCUCCUGUUUCUCUGGAGCAGGGGCAAGGGUAACACCAAGCACAACAUCGAGAUUGAGUACGUGCCUCGCAAAUCGGACGCGGGCGUGGGCACUGCGGACGCACCACGCAAAUUCAACAUGAAGAUGAUUUAAGCGAUCAGCCACGUACUCUUUUCAUCAAUACGUUUGGUGAUCACUGAUUUUUGAAGAAGUAUUUAGUUCGUGGGAAUGCGAGGAGCGCGUCGACGCGUCGUUUUUAUUUUCUAUGUGAAGGUGUGGAAGUAUUUCAAAAGAAGGAGGGUGAGCACUUCCCGUCGCCUUUUCCCAGUCAUGGGGCGGCUCACUAUCCCGGGAGUUCUCUGCCCCACCGGCCACUCAGCUCCAGACCAGCCACCUGCCGGUGCCCCUGUGCCGGGGAGCUACCGCACCCCACCUAGAAACGGUUUCCGCCUCAGCAGGCAGCCAUCCUCACACCGACUGAUCCGACACAGGGCGCUGUACUGACAGCAGGAACCGAGGGAGGGGUCCGCAGGAACAGGGAGGAGGAGGAGGUGAACACAAAACAUAGAACAACGCGUAGAGCAUAGGAUAAACACACAAGGUUCUGCAGAUGCUGGAAAUCUAGCUCAACACACAGAGAAAUGCUGGAGGAAGUCAGCAAGUCUCGCAGCAUGGAAAGGACUAUGAAGGGUCUCAGCAUGUGACUGUUUAUUCCUCUCCAUGGAUGCUGCCUGUCCGGCCGAUUUCCUCCAGCAGUUUGUAUGUGCUGCACAGAAGAUAGAGUAUUUUAGGGUGCAUAGCAGCUUACACUGCCAGCUGUCUGUAAAGAGUUUGUACGUUCUCCCCGUGACCACGUGGGUUUCCUCCGGGUGCUCCGGUUUCCUCCUACAAUCCAAAGACGUAUCGGGUAGUAGGUUAAUUGGUCACACGUGUGUAAUUGGACGGCGAAGGCACGUUGGGGCGGAAGGGCGUGUUACCGUGUUAAAUCUCUGAAUGAAAAAAGCAACGGGACACUAAUUACUCCAUAACCGUGUUCUGUCAUGUAUAUUUUUAUUUAGAGAUACAGCACAGUAAUAGGCUAUUCGGCCCACCAUAUCUAUGCCAUGUAACCCCACUAUAUCCAUCCAUACUCUGCCUGUCCGUGUAUCUGUCUAAAGCUGCCUGCACCCCCUUCUACUGGCCGUGCAUUCCAGGAACGCACCGCCCUCUUGUAAAACUCCUUUAAAUUCCUCCCAUUCUCCUUAAAAUUAUGCCCUUCAGUAUUUGACAUUUGCACCUUGGGAGAAGGAUCAGACUUUGCCUGUCCUGUCUAUUCUUAUAAUUGUAUAAAUUUCUCUCGAGUCACCCCUCAGCCUCCGCUUCCCUGGAAGAAAGAACCCACGUCUGAUCAACCUCCCCUCCAGGUUAAUAAUCCCCCCUAAUCCAGGCAGCGUCCUGAUGAACCUCUUGUGGACACUCUCCAAAUCCUCCACUUCCUUCUUGUGAUACAUACACUGACCAGAACAGCACACCAUACUGCAAAGGGACAAACUAACCAGGGUAGAGAGACCAGAGACACAAGGGACGGCAGGUGCUAGACAGGGAUAGCUGGAGACUAGAGACACAAGGGACAGAAGGUGCGAGACAGGGGUAGGUGGAGACCAGAGACACAAGGGACAGAAGGUGCGAGACAGGGGUAGCUGGAGAUCAGAGACACAGGGGAUGGCAGGUACUAGACCAGGGUAGUUAGAAACCAGAGACACAAGGGACGGCAGGUGCUAGACAGGGGUAGCUGGAGACCAGAGACACAGGGGACGGCAGGUGCUAGAAUCUGGAAGUCAAAACCAAACAGUUAGGGAAACUCACAAACACGAGAGAUUCUGCAGAUGCUGGAAAUCCAGAGUAACAUAGCAGGUCAGGCAGCGUCUAUGGAGUGGAAUAAGCAGUCGAUGUUUUGGGCUGAGACCCUUUUAUCUGGACUGGGAAGGAAAGGGGAAGGUAAGAAGGUGCAGUGCGGUGGGGGGGAGGGGAACAGGACAGGCUAGAGGGUGAUGGGUGAAGCCAGGAGGGGGAAUGAGUAAAAAGCUGGCAGGUGAUAACUUCAAAAGGUAAAGGAUUGGAGAAGAAGGAACCGGAUAGGAGGAACCAGCAGGUCAGGCAAUGUCUGUGAAAUGGACCGUCAAAGUUUUGGUUAGAGCCCCUUCUGCUGGACUGGAAUUAGAGCAAUGUUACUUUCUUUCUCAGGAUGUGUUGGGAGCGGAGUUCACAGCUGAUCCUCAUGGCCCUUGAGCUAAAUCCAAUGCUGAAUGUCACUCCUGACCGACGGGCAACCCCUCCUGAGGGUCAUUCCUGAGUCCAUGGGUAAACCAGUAAUUCCUCCACCUCCAACUCAGGCUGACUUGGCUAAAUUCCAGGAUUAAUAAAAUAACGGAAUUCUAAUGCCAUGUCUUCCUUUUCGGUUUGGACCAUGUUUCUCUGGAUUCGGCAACCAAGCCUUGGGAUUGCCACCCUGUGAACCAUAGCGGGUCACCAUGGUUACCACUCGAAUAACAGUACGAGGACCACUAUUGUGACCACUCUGGUAAUAGUACCAAGUGUCACUGUGGUUACCAACAACAACCUGUUGGAGGAACUCAGCAGAUACAACGACGUAACACCAUAAGACAUCGGAGCAGAAUCAGGCCAUUUGGUCCAUCGAGUCUGCUCCUCUAUUCUAUCAUAGCUGAUUUAUUAUUCCUUCUCCUGCCUUCUUCCAGUAAUAUUUGACACCCUGAUUAAUCAAGAACCUAUGUACUUUAAAUAUACCCAAUGACUUGGCCUCCACAGCCGCCUGUGGCAACAAAUUCCACAGAUUUACCAUCCUCUGGCUAAUGAAACUCCUUCUCAUCCCAAUUCUAAAUGGACGCCCCUCUAUUGUGACGCUGUGCCCUCCGGUCCUAGACUGUAGGAAAUAUCCUCUCCAUCCACUCUAUCAAUAUUACACAUGUUGCAAUAAGAUCCCCAGUCAUUCUUCUAAUCUCCAGUGAGUACAGGCCCAGUGCCGUCAAAUGGUCCUCAUACAUUAACCUUUUCACUCCCGGAAUCAUUCUCAUGAACCUCCACUGGACCUUCUCCAAUUUCAGCACAUCUUUUCUUAGAGAGAAGAGGAAAGUGAAUCUGUAGAGGAAAAGAAAUGUUCGACCAUCUCUUUCCUCUCACAGACGCCUACCGACCACCUGAGUCCCUGGCACUGCUCCAGAUUCCAGCAACUGCCGUACACCCCACCCUGUGUUCCCAUUGUCACCUGCGCAGUUAUGGUGUCAGUUACCAUGGUUACCAGUCAUUUAUUUUCAGUUGUUCUGACAUUUAUUAGUUUCAAAUUAUCUGGAAGAGUUACUGACUGGAUUCCAGAAGCUUCCACCCACCAGGUACUAGAACGCUUUCCGAUUGGAGAGGUGACUAGUGACCAGGGGUCGUCGCUGGCCAGACUUCACCAGGGUGAGGUGCUGCAGGGUACCCUUUGGUGAGUUAGGAUCUGAAGCGCCAUACUCUGGUCUUUGAGUAGUGGACGAGAUUCCCUAUGGAGUUUCCUCCCAUCAUAGACCUCCCCACCCAUUGAAACCCCUCUCCUUCCUACAAUCAGUGGACACCCCAAUAUUUUUAUCCUGCGGGAAGAAUUGGUGAGACUCUGAACUAUUGGGGAGUGCACAACAGAGGCAGGCCGCAGCAUGCCUAUCUACCGUUAAACCUACAAGAAAUGUGUUAUCCUGUGCACAGGUGAGGUUCGGGUACACAGUGGAAACCUCACAACACUAUCACAGGCAUAGAUGGCAACACGGAAUAUAAAUCAGAAUCAGGUUUAUUGUCACUGAGUUAUUUGGCGUGAAGUUUAUUGUUUUGCGGCUGAAUUACAGGCAAAGACAUAAAAGCAUGAUAAGUUGCGGUUCAGAAAUCUGAUGGCGGAGGGGAGGAAGCCGUUCCUUACUCAGAGAGUGUGGAUGCUCUGUGAUGGUAAUAAUCAGAAGAGGACACGGUACAUUAUACAUUAUGCAUUAACUAUACAAGACAGUGAAGAGAGCCCCAGAACUGAACUCAAGGAAUCUUCACUUAGCAUCUCCUCCCUAACCCGGGGAGGACGGAGUAACUAAAAGUCCGGAAUAUCAGGCACGGAGCAGGCUGUCUCUACGUCAUUCUCAUGGUCCACAUCCUACACCAGCACGCCGUCCCCCGUACGAGUAUCAUCGAGCUCAGGACUCCAACCAGUCAGAACCUUACAUUUUCAGAACUUACCUCGGCUGCACUGGGUGUCAGUAACUGGCCAGCUCCCUAGCCAUCACCCCAACAGCUAUACUGAGCUGGUCAGUGGGGCCUGGUGGGUAGAAAGCCCAUGAGGCUGGGCAAGGGCAGAAGGAGAUGCUCACCCUUUCUCUCGAGCUGUAAAUAUUACUAGGCGACAUUUUUAUCAGAAUAUUCUGAGCACAAAGCCUGGGCUUGGGGAGGGUGGGAAGGCAAAACAGGUGACAAGGAAAUCCCCUGUAUCUGAAGAGGGAGUGACGCCAUCGCGUUUG